AUGGACGGAGCGGAUACUUUGCGCCGGGAACGGGGGGAAGACGACCGGGCAAAGGCGCGGGAGUGGGAGGCGAAGCGAGACUUUUUGCGGGAGGAGCGGAAGAGGCAGCUAGCGCGGGAAAUGGGGAAGGUGGGGGCGGUUGUUGCUGGGGAGAAGCGACGUAUAGAGGAAAAGCGCGCGGUUGAGAUCGGACGGCGAAAUCAGAAUCCCCUCCAGGGGGAGACGCGGAAGGAAUGGUCGCACGGGAAAACGACGGAGAGCGGGGAAAGGCGACGGCUGCUAGAACAAUCCAACGCCGCGAAACGGGAGAGUGAUCGGGCGGAGAGGAAGGAGAGGGAGCGGGCGAGGGAGAUGGAGCACUCUGAGCAGCGGGAGAGGGAGAAGGAACGGGCAGACGAGAGGGGGAAGGAGCUGCGACGGGAGGUGGAGCGGCGGAGGGAACAGGAACGAGAGAGAAUGAGGCAACUGGAGCGGCAGAAAGAACUGGAGGAGGAGAGGGAGCAGGAGCAGAAGCGGGAGGCGGAGAAGGAGAGGGAGUGGCGGAAGGAUAAGGCGCAGGCGGAAGCGUGGGAGAAGGAGUGCGAGCGCCUGAGCGAGGAGGUGGAGCGCCUGCACGAGGCCCUCCAGCAGGCGCGGAGCGAGGUGGCGGGAGUGCGCAGGCUCAGCGCGGGCGCGGGCGCGGCACAGUCGGGGGCGGAAUCCGCGGAAUCGGAACUGGCGAAGGAGCUGGAGCAGACGAAGCUGCGGCUGGCGAAGGUGGAGGCGGAGCGCGGGCAGCUGGCGAGCGCGGUGGAGCGCAUGGUGUUGGAGAUGGCGGACGCGGUGCGGGAGCAGGAGCAGUUCCGCGAGGCGCUGCAGCACACGAGCUUGGAUACGAUGCUGCUAUCACACGCGUUGGGGUCCGUAAAGACGCUUCAGUCGACCGUGCAUCUCAUGCAACAGCAGCUACAUCGGGUAAGCUGA